AUGACCAAACUUGUUAUCUCGAUACUAGACCACAUGAAUAUCAUUACUUUACUUAAUUCUCUAGUUAAACAACCACCUGAAAUCAUCAAUCUUGUUUUAGCAUAUAUUCCGAAACCUUUUUUACCUAUUUUUUUAGAUUUUGCACCACUCGUUCCUUAUAUUUUGCCAAUCAUCAUUCAUAAUGUUCGAAUUCAAGAAGGAUAUUAUAGAUCUGAAGAUCCAAUUGAUUUCUUCUCAUCAGAAUUUUAUAAUUCACCACCAGUAUUUGAUCUGAUGGAAGAUCUAGCUGAGAUGGUUCAAAAAUUUGACGUAUAUCCUAAAGAUCUCGAAAUGGUGAACGUUUUGGGGAAAUUAGCGGAAAAGUUUCCAAGCAAACAAGAUGAAAGGAGGGAAACUACAUUCAUGGUAUGGGGUCAUAAAUAUAAAGAAAUACUUCACAAUAUUAGUUCAAUUCAUAUUCUUGAUCCUGUGACUGGCUCAAAUUGGAAUGAUAUGUCAUUCUGCUUGACACACAGGUUUACACUUGGUUCAAUUACUUAUCUUUCUGAAGAUUUAGAAAACAUUAUGAGAAUUUGUCCAGAAACUUUACAAAUUUUACGGUUACCUUAUUACAAUUUUGCUCCAAGUGAUGUGUUUUUGAGAUUUUAUAAUUUAAAGACAUUAGAGAUUAAGAAUGCUGAUCUUCGUAUAUUUAAUUUCUUACCACCAACCACGGAAAAUUUGAUUAUUGAAAGACUUGGUACAUUGACAAAUUUUGAUUAUGAAUCAAUACCUAUUCUUUAUAAAUUGUCAUAUCUUGAGGUUGGAAUUAGACAUAUUAACGACUUCCCACUUGUGACAAUGAAGUUUCCAAAUUUGAAAUUAUUCCAUAUUCAAAACUCCCACCACUUGUCUGACUUUGAUAGCUUACAUAUACCAGAUACUAUCAAUGUUCUUAAAAUUGCCAGUUGUCCCAAUUUGGUUAAUUAUACGUCAUUGAAAACCUUUCACGAGUUGAGGCAAAUAUCAGUGUUCAAUGUUCCCGUUUCCUUUGACUUGUUCAACAGCAUCGAAUAUAUUCCAAAUCUAAUUGAAUUUUCCUUCAUUCAUUCAUUUGAGUAUGACUAUUCUGAAAUUUAUGACUUGGACUUGAUAAAGUUCCCAAAGUCUUUGAGGAUUUUAGAGUUUCGAGGCAAUUUUUGUAUUCAAUCCUGGGAACCACCAGAAAAUUUGCAAAAACUUUCAUUAAGAGGAACAACUUUUACUAAUGGUAUUAAUUUUAAAUUUCCAAUUAAUUUAAACAAUCUAGUUAUGUCUUCAACUAACUUGUCUACUAUGGAUGGUGUUCAAUUUCCUCCUGGUCUAAGAGUAUUAGAGAUUAGGGAGAACCAAAAUUUGACAACAAUGAUUAAUACAAACUUACAGCAACUUACUCGAUUGGUUGACGUCAAGAUUCUUUCUAAUCAAAAAUUAUCAAAGCUCGAUAAUUUUAACGAGGACUUAAGAGAAGGGGUAGUUAUGGUGUAUAAUAAUGGAUGA